AUGGCUCAGUCCACUGCAGAACAGCCGCGCUCGGGCGCCCGCACCCCCACCCGCUCGUCGCGCCGCUCGCACCCCAACAUCCAGCAGCUGUCCCUUGCUCCGCUGAGCUCCCAAUUCCAGGAUGAAGCUGCCGCCACCGACCUCCAUUCCCGCAGCCCCCACAGCUCCUACAUCCAGCCAAAGACAGCGCCAACCACUCCAGGCAUCCUCAGCCGUAGCCCGUCGCGCCCACGCCACAGCGGCCACGUCCACUACGUGCACGACGGCUACUUUGGCGGCCCGCUGAGCCCUGCCGGCACCGGCAUCAACAAGUCCAAAAGCGACGCCGCCCUGCACGGCGACAUUGCCUACUUCCCACGCCACCACCGCCGCAAGCACACGGCCCCGCCAGGCUCUAUCGUGAACAUUAGCAACACUGGCCGCAAGCUCACUACGCCGAAACAGCAGCACCACACCCGCGAGGCCUCGUCUGACUGGCUGUAUCGCGCCGGGCUCGCCAUUGCCUCGGAGACGCGCGAGUCCAAGGGGCAGUCGUGGCUAUCACGCCGCGAAAGCAGCACCUCGCUCGUCCGGCAGCAGGGCGACGGCGAUGGCUCGGACGCCGACGAGGCCGGCAGCAAUGCUGCUGGCUCCGGCCACCCGUCAAGAAGUCAUAGCACAUUCUUCGCCGACGACGAGUACAGUCCCAUCACGCCCAAGAGCCGCGGCGGCAGCCGCACCGGCAGUGCCUUCAACAGCCGCCGUGGCAGUAGGGUCGGGAGCAGGGCUGAGCUGCGGGCCUUGACCGGACUCACAGCCAUGCCGCCAGGCGACAGCGUUGAAGAGGGCUAUCUGGGCGACCAGCACCAGCCUGGCAUCCCGCUCGAGCCUGACUUCGUCGAGUCGGACGAGGAGGGGCUAGGCGACGAGGAAGAGGUCGCCCGACUCGCGCAGGAAGGUGGGUACGGACUUGGGGGAUGGAUGGAGAAGUUGAUCGGCUGGUCGUUGUUCAGCGUUGAGGAAGACGGUGAGGAGACUGACGAGGAGGAUCAGGUCACAGAGCAGGAAACGCAAGGUGAAGAUGCGAAAAAGCGGCGGGAAGAGGAGCUGAAGCGUCGGCGCGAGGAAAGGGCUCGCAUCCAGGCAGCCAGCAGCGCGGCAAAGGAGAAGAAGGAGCUGCCGCAGCCUAGCCAAGGUGAGGGCGAGGGUGGCUGGCAGGAUGCCGCGUGGUUGUUGAGCGUGGCGUCGAAAGUCUUACUGUGA